AUGUCAAUGAAGAAUGGUACUGUAUCCUCUGACUUUAUCCUCCUGGGGCUUCUGGUGAACAGCAAAGCUACAGGGAUUAUCUUUGCUGUUAUUUUUGCUAUUUUCAUGGUGGCUGUAACUGCAAAUUUGGUCAUGAUAGUCUUGAUUCAGGUGGCCCGCCUCCACACUCCCAUGUACUUUCUGCUCAGCCAGCUGUCCAUCAUGGACACCCUUUUCAUUUGUACCACUGUCCCAAAGCUGCUGGUUGACAUGGUUUCUAAAGAGAAGACCAUUUCCUUUGUGGCCUGUGGCAUCCAGAUCUUCCUCUACUUGACCAUGAUUGGCUCAGAGUUCUUCCUCUUGGGCCUCAUGGCCUAUGACCGCUACGUGGCUGUCUGUAACCCUCUUAGGUACCCAGUCCUGAUGAACCGCGGGGUGUGUCUUCUCCUGGCUUCUGGUGCCUGGUUUGGUGGGUCACUGGAUGGCUUCCUGCUCACCCCUAUUACAAUGAAUGUCCCCUACUGUGGCUCCCGCAGUAUCAACCAUUUCUUCUGUGAGAUCCCUGCAGUUCUCAGACUGGCCUGUGCCGACACAUCCUUGUAUGAAACCCUGAUGUAUAUCUGCUGUGUACUCAUGUUGCUCAUCCCCAUCUCUAUUAUCUCAACUUCCUACUCUCUCAUCUUGUUAACGGUCCACCACAUGCGCUCUGCUGAAGGCCGAAAAAAGGCCUUUACCACUUGUUCUUCCCACUUGACUGUAGUCAGCAUUUUCUAUGGGGCUGCCUUCUACACUUACGUGCUGCCCCAGUCAUUCCACACCCCUGAACAGGACAAGGUGGUGUCAGCCUUCUAUACCAUCGUCACACCCAUGCUCAAUCCUCUCAUCUACAGCCUCAGAAACAAGGAUGUCAUGGGGGCAUUUAAAAAAUUAUUGUCACGAUGCUCAUCUUCUCAGAAAGUAUCCACAAGUGAUGCUUAG